CGGGGCCCCCUCGAGCCGCCGCGCUCGUUGCGGGCGCUGCACGCGCAGCGCGGGAAAAGUGGGUAACGGCUGCGGCUGCUGUCAGGGCCGCGGAGAUGGCGUCGGGGGCCAGGGCUAGCGCAGCUGAUGACUCUGUCCGAGCCGUCAGCCCCGGCAGGGCAGGCGACAAGGUGGUCUCCGCGUCCCCCGGGGACACGGCGGCGACCGCCACCCUGAGAAGCACCGCGUCCGGGGUGCGCUCGGUGGUGGCCUCCCCUCGCCCAGUGAAGGGGAAGGCGGCCCGGGAGGCGACCCGGCGGCGGCUGCAGCUCCAGCCGGUGUCCCAGGCCGAGGGGCCGGGGGAGGCGGCCGAGCAGGAGGAGGAGGAGCCGCUCCUGUCUGUGCCCGAGGAGGAGGAGGACGAGGCGCAGCCCCUGCCCCCGGUCUGCGUGUCCCCCAUGAGGGGCAUGUGGCGGGAUGAGAAGGUGGCGCUGUAUUGCGACGCGGUGCUGCAGGGCUGUAAGGCAGAAGAUGCUGAUGAGGCCAUGAGUAAAUACCUAUCAGAAAAACUAAAGUUGAAAGACAAAUGGUUUGGAGUCUGGAAGACUAAUCCUGAGUUAUUCUUUGUGAAAUAUGAAGAAGCUUCUAUACCUUUUGUUGGUAUACUGGUUGAGGUAACUUGUAAGCCAAGCCAAAACUCAUCAUCUUGUUUCAAAGUCACUGUUUCUGUUGCUGAUCCCUUUUCUUCCAACAUUGCGAAUAUUCCAAGGGAUUUGGUUAAUGAGAUAUUGGAGGAACUGGAGCACAGUGUGCCUCUCUUGGAAGUGUAUCCUGUGGAGGGACAAGAUGCUGAUAUACGUGAUAUUGCUCUGGCCUUGGAGGUUGUAAGGUUUUUUUAUGACUUUCUUUGGAGAGAUUGGGAUGAUGAAGAAAGUUGUGAGAAUUAUACUGCACUUAUUGAAGAAAGAAUUAAUUUGUGGUGUGAUAUACAGGACGGAACAAUACCUGGUCCUAUUGCACAACGUUUUAAAAAAACUUUGGAGAAAUAUAAAAACAAGCGUGUUGAGCUCAUUGAGUAUCAGAGCAAUAUUAAAGAAGAUCCAUCUGCAGCAGAGGCCGUUGAAUGCUGGAAAAAAUACUAUGAGAUAGUAAUGCUCUGUGGAUUAUUGAAAAUGUGGGAAGAUUUACGCCUCCGAGUUCAUGGACCUUUCUUUCCAAGAAUUCUGAGGCGUAGGAAAGGAAAAAGAGACUUUGGGAAGACUAUAACACAUAUUGUAGCAAAAGUGAUGACUACUGAAAUGGUAAAGGAUUUAUCUUCAGACACACUUCUGCAGCAGCAUGAUGAUUUGGAUUUGGCUUUGGAUAGUUGUUAUAGUGGAGAUACAGUAGUUAUUUUUCCAGGAGAAUAUCAAGCUGCAAAUCUUGCUUUAUUGACCGAUGACAUCGUUAUAAAGGGAGUUGGGAAGAGAGAGGAAAUUUUGAUUACUUCUGAACCUUCUCAUGACAGUUUUGUGGUAUCCAAAGCUGACAAUGUGAAACUAAUGCACCUAUCUUUGAUACAACAAGGGACGGUUGAUGGUAUCGUGGUGGUGGAAUCUGGCCACAUGACUCUAGAAAACUGUAUUUUAAAAUGUGAAGGAACAGGAGUGUGUGUUCUUACAGGGGCUGCUUUGACAAUUACAGACAGUGAAAUAACUGGUGCCCAGGGUGCUGGUGUUGAACUGUAUCCUGGGAGCAUAGCCAUUUUGGAAAGAAAUGAAAUUCAUCACUGUAAUAACCUCAGAACUAGUGACAGUUCAAAAAGCACCUUAGGUGGAGUUAAUAUGAAGGUUCUUCCAGCACCCAAAUUGAAGAUGACUAAUAAUCAUAUUUACAGCAACAAUGGCUAUGGAGUAAGCAUUCUCCAACCAACUGAACAGUAUUUUAUUGUAGCAGAAGACGCUUUGAACAAAGGAGCUGCUUCAGGAGAUAAAAAAGAUGAUACAAUGCUCUCCAAAGUAAUGCAAAAUCUGAAUCUGGAAAUGAAUAAUAAUAAGAUAGAAGCAAAUUUAAAGGGGGAUAUUAGAAUAGUCACGAGUUAAAGCAUUUGGAUUAAUGUUAAAGUUUUGUGUUUCAGAAAUUUAAUAGUUCUCAUGGGCCACUAAAAUGGUAGUUUAAAUUGAAAGCUUAAUUAAAAAAUAUUUAAACAU